AAGAAGUCUCUGGUAGUUCAGUUCAACUUCCGGGGGUUAAGCAUUGCGAAUGAAUAGGUGAAAUUUCUUUUGAGACGAACUUUGGCCAAAAUUAACCUGAAAAAAUGUCUCGAGGCUCUAGUGCAGGCUUCGAUCGACACAUCACCAUCUUCUCCCCGGAGGGCAGGCUCUAUCAAGUCGAAUAUGCUUUCAAAGCGAUAAACCAAGGUGGACUGACAUCAGUGGCUGUUCGGGGGAAAGACUGUGCAGUUGUUGUGACGCAAAAAAAAGUACCAGAUAAGCUCCUGGAUGCCUCCACAGUGACCCACCUCUUUAGAAUAACAGACAACAUUGGAUGUGUCAUGUCUGGGAUGACGGCUGACAGUAGAUCUCAAGUCCAGCGAGCUCGCUACGAGGCGGCCAACUGGCAGUACAAGUACGGCUACGAGGUCCCGGUGGACAUGUUGUGCAAGAGGAUCGCCGACAUCUCGCAGGUGUACACGCAGAACGCUGAGAUGCGACCGCUGGGCUGCUGUAUGAUCGUGAUCGGCAUAGACGAGGAGUUCGGCCCGCAAGUUUACAAGUGUGACCCGGCGGGUUACUACUGCGGCUUCAAGGCCACGGCGGCUGGAGUGAAGCAGACGGAAGCAACCAGCUUCCUGGAGAAGAAAGUGAAAAAGAAACUGGACUGGACAUUUGAACAAACCAUCGAGACGGCGAUCUCGUGUCUGUCGACUGUGCUCUCCAUUGACUUCAAACCUUCUGAGCUCGAGGUGGGCGUCGUCACAACGCAGGAUCACAAGUUCAGGAUCCUCACUGAGGCUGAAGUGGACACCCACCUCAUGGCUCUGGCAGAGCGGGACUGAGACCUUACCCCUGAUUUUAGUGCAUGAUGGGAUAUGCAGUUCUGAGUGGAGAGUGGAGUUCUCGUUGUUUGCUGUACAUUUAAACCUGUCCACACACAAUAUUUCAUUCAAAAAUAAAACACCUUUUUGGAGUAAAACA